CUGAGACUUGGCCUCCCUCGCGCGAGAUCACACAAAGAGCUCUGUCUGGUGUCUUGUUUGCUGCUGCAGUAGUUUGUCUCGUUUGUUCCAGCAAAGGUAAUACUGAGCCAAAUAACCAAUCCUAGAGAUGCCGAAGAUAUACCAUUUUCUUCCCAUUGUGUCGAUUGUGUUACUUUGGACCCUGCUCAUCACUGUUUGGCACCAAAACACUUUUGCUCCACUUACGGCCAGCCAAAAGGGCGGCCAAGCGACAGAAUAUGUGUACAAAGGGCCUCUGCCCUGGUCCAGUGUGUUGCCCACAAUCUACAUCAUCACGCCCACAUAUAGCCGGCCCAUGCAGAAGGCUGAGCUGACACGGCUAGCAAACACCUUCCUCCAUGUCCGCAACCUGCACUGGAUCUUGGUGGAAGAUUCCCAGAGAAGAACACCUCUUGUCACACGACUCCUCCGAAAAACGCGGCUAAACUACACCCACCUCAAUAUAGAGACAGCCAUGAUCUAUAAGCUGAAAAGUCCCAUUCAGGGUCACAAACCAAGAGGCACUAUGCAGCGGAAUCUGGCCCUGCGGUGGUUGAGGGACAAGUUCAACACCAACAACAACCAGCCUGGAGUCGUCUACUUUGCUGACGAUGAUAACACAUACAGCCUGGAGCUGUUUGAGGAGAUGAGAUCAACUCAGAAGGUUUCUGUUUGGCCUGUGGCCUUUGCGGGUGGCUCAAAGUACGAAUCCCCAAAAGUCAAUGUAGCCGGUAAGGUCUACGGGUGGAAGGUAGCGUUUGAACCCCAUCGGCCUUUUGCCAUCGACAUGGCUGGCUUUGCCAUCAACCUGAGGCUCAUCCUCUCCAAGUCGCAGGCAUAUUUUAAGCUUUUCAAGGUGAAGCCAGGUUACCAGGAGAGUAGCUUCCUCCAGGAGCUUGUCCCACUCAACGACCUGGAGCCGAAAGCAGCCAAUUGUACCAAGAUACUCGUUUGGCACACGAGAGCACAGCAACCCAACUUUAGAGAUGAGGGAAAAAAGGGAUUCACAGACCUCAGUAUGGAGAUCUGACUGCAUUCCCGCUACAGUGGCUGACCUCGGAGCUGAAAGGGAGAAAACAGUUUGAUAAGUGCUCACAUCUCAAUAAUGAGGAAAAAAAACAGGGGGGACAGUGUUGGCCCGCUGAGGACAGCCUAAGUAAAGAGACGGCACAAUACGAGAAAAAAAAAAGAAAACGUGCUUUUAGAAAUAUCACCUCAAAUUUAAAAGAAUAAAAAAGCAAAUAAAAGACAGAAGACAAAUGGGGUCUUCAUCUCCCCCGAGAAAUUUCUCAU